AUGUCUUUACCAUCCGCUGAAGUUGCUGCCGACUUCAAAGACGCUCUGCAAGAUCUGAAGAUCAACAGCAGACCUGAAAUUAGCAAUCUAACCAUCAUCGCGAAAGAGAAUACAGAGCAUGCGCAGGCGAUAUCCCGAGAACUAGAAAACCACAUCCAGACGACUCGACCGGAGUGGAAGCUUCCAGCUCUCUACGUCCUCGACUCCAUCGUCAAGAAUGUUGGGACGCCAUACACACUUUUCCUUGGCCGGAACCUCUACAGGACGUUCAUGAACGCAUACGCGCUCGUAGAAGGGUCCACCCGCAAGGCCAUGGAAGGUCUACUGAAGACAUGGAAGCAACCUGUUCCGGAAUCCGUGGAUCCCCGGCCGGUAUUCUCCGCUGAGGUUACUCGAGACAUCGAGAGCGCCUUGAUCAAGUACCGGACCGUUGCAAUCCAGCAGCAGGCUAUCUCUCAGAAGCAGUACCUACAGCACGCGAUCCCUCCUCGACCACCGUUGCCCGCUGUACCUUGGCGCAAUACGCCCUCGCCUUCUCAGACAGCCGCACGCUACACACCGACAAACGACCCACGACGUCAGCAGCUUCCCCUCAGAGAUCAGUUCCCUCCAGCACCGACACCCCCACCGAAUAACUUCCCACCGCCUCAGCAACAGCGGCCUUUUAUUCCUGACAGGGAGCCAUCUAUAGACCUCAACAAGCUCAACAUCGAUCUCGGCGUGCUUAUCAACUCCACGCAGAUGGAGUGGGCCAGCAAUCUCUCAGAUUCCCACGUUCAGCAGAAAUUGAAAGCUUUGCUCGAUCUGCAAACGAUACUCAAGUCUCAGAAGCUGCCACCAGAUCAAAUCAGAAUGAUCCAACAGCAGAUUAUUCAGCUCAGUCCCGCGCCAGCUCCAACCCCCCCGGUCUCCAUCGCACCACCUUCAUUUCUCCCUUCGAUUCCCCCUCACAUACCAGGAGGUGGUUCCUGGGAAACAGGAGGACCGGUAAUGGGAUAUCACCCUCCUCCUCCGGUACGUACACCACAGCCUGCCAUUCCACCAUCAGGCUUCGAUCCCGCCUGGUUGAGCAGCCUCCUGUCAUCGAAUACCCCUACUUCUUUUGUGUCGGCUCCCCCCAGCUUCCCCCCGCCCGCUCCCCCGCCACAAGCUACUCCGAGUCUCGCCCAACUGCUUCAACAGUAUGCCCCACCGCCUGCACCCGCGGCUCCACCUCAGCCAACUCCCGUAGGAAGCGCCGACUGGCUCCUGCAAGCUCUCAAUACCCACAAUCUGCUACCUGGAACACCACUUGGCAAUGGUAACGACGUGGAGCUGACUACCGCAUCAAUUGCUAAGAAAUCUCGACCUAACCUGAUAUCGAAGCUUUACGAGGCGCUGCCUAAUCAGUGUGUGACGUGCGGACGACGGUUCGAGAGUUCACCAAAGGGCAAGGAGAUGAAGGCCAGACACAUGGACUGGCAUUUUAAGGUCAAAGAUCCGGACGUCGCCAAGCGAGGAGUCCACCGUGACUGGUACAUUGGUGAGAGGGAAUGGAUCGAGUUUCGAGAAGAAGACGAGGCGGCCCCAGCUCCGGCCUCGAACGGGACGUCAGGUGGUGGGCCGGCGGCUGCGAAGAAGGAAGCGAAGGACCAAUAUAUUCAUGUGCCGACCGACGCGGCUCUCGUCGCUGCACCAUGUCCCAUCUGCCAAGAGAAGUUCGAGCCACAGUGGCUCGUUGAGGCUAACGACUUUGUGUGGAUGGACGCAGUCAAGGUCAACGAAAAGAUCUAUCACGCGACGUGCUGGGAGGAGUACAGCAGAGGUAGCGGACUUGGCGGCGGCCGAGGGACACCGGACUCGAUAUUGGGCAAGCGGAAGGCUGAGGUGAGCUCCAAUGGGCUAUACAAGAAAGCCCGCACAGACUUAUAG